AUGAAGAUAUUGGAUCCUCGCCACUCGUCGACUGACAUGUCAACGACGGUGGUGGGCGAGGAGACUCAUUGUUCGUCGGUGAAAGGCCGAGACUCGAAGCGCAAGACGACGACGUUCGUCCUGGAGCCGGUCAUGGUCACCACCUAUCGACAGCCGAGCGACACCGGCUGCCACGAACCGCCUCCGGAGGUGUUGUCUCCGCGGCAUCGCCAAAUCCGACGAGUGGUCAUGGCGAUCGGAGUGUCGCUGACCGUCGUCUGCGUCAUCCUCGUCGCCGUUUCACUGGUUCUCGGACAACGCACAGACCGAAAUGGUAAAUCGCCUGUGAAAUCUAUUUUCGUUCGAUAA